CAUCCCCUGUAACGAGGCCUCAGGCCGCGACCUCUGACCCCGUGUAGGCCCAUCCAUUGAUGGGCUCCCGGGACUACUGAAUCGAGGCCUUGACUCCCGCCCCCUCGGACACGGGGCUUUUGGGCCAAUCGCAGCGCCGCUUCUGAUCCUUCCGCCAAUCAGAAGAGUAUGGGGGCGGGGCUCAGCACGGCCAAUCCUCGUGCAGGAAGGCUGACUCCGCCAAUCAGCGCAUGUUGGCAAGCGCCAGCUCUGGAAGCUGUUGCCAUGGAAACAGUUUGACUCAAGCCCGGGACCCGGUGGAAGCGACAGAAAAGGGGGGGGGGUCCCCUCGUAACCAAGGAAACCGCCCCCGCCCUGGCCGCCGCUCCGUGACCCCGGGAACCGCCCCCCGCAGCCUGCCCGUCGCUCCGUGACCCCGGUAAUCGCCCCCCCCAGCCUGCCCGUCGCUCCGUGACCCCGGUAACCGCCCCCCCCAGCCUGCCCGUCGCUCCGUGACCCCGGUAAUCGGCCCCCCCUCCUCCUGCCCGUCGCUCCGUGACCCCGGUAACUGGCCCCCUCCGCACUGCCCGUCGCUCCGUGACCCCGGGAACCGCCCCCCCCCAGCCUGCCCGUCGCUCCGUGACCCCGGUGCCUGCGCCGUGUGAGGGGAGAGCCACCAUGGCGCGGCGGCGGCUGGAGCGGGCACUGCUGGAGUCGCGCGGCAGGGAGAGGGAGGAGGCAGCGCAGGGUCCCGCACGACUCCGCAUCCGGCACCAGGUGCCGCUCAGCAGUGACCCACACGGGAUCUACAGCCUCCGCUUUGCGCCGGCCGGGGGGCGCCUGGCAGCCGGGUUCGGCAACGGGGCUGUUCAGAUUGUGAACGUGGCAACAGCCUCCCUGCACUCGUCCCUUUUCCAAGGACACCGUACGCGCCAUGCGAUCACUGCCUUGGCCUACCACCCGGGGAGACCCAGCCUGCUCCUGGCUGUGGGGGCUGAUGGCAUCAUCUCUCUCUACAGCAUGGACUCGGAGACGCUGCUGGCGACAGUGACAGAGAAGGAGAAUGAGAUCAAUGCCAUGGAUUUCUGCAUGGAUGGCAGCACCUAUGCCACAGCUGGCAAGGACCGACAUAUUCGGCUCUAUGACAGCCAUACCAACCAGCUGUCCCACAUUCUGCAGGCUCCUGACUUCAUGACUGGGGAUGUGACACCGAGCAGUGGGCACUCUCGCCGCAUCUUUGCUCUCCGCUUCCACCCUGGAGAGCGCCAUGUGUUCCUGACAGCUGGCUGGGAUGACUGUGUGAAGAUCUGGGACAAGCGGAUGGCAAAGGAGGCUCAGAGAGUGAUCAAUGGGCCUCACAUCUGUGGCCCAGGCCUUGACAUCCAGGGUAACCGCGUGCUCACUGGUUCCUGGGUGCCCCACAACGCGCUUCAGCUCUGGGAUCUGCGGACAUCCCAACUGCAGAAGAACCUCCCCUUUCCUGGGGGUCCUAUGCAGGGCCAGUUCCUCUACGCAGCCCGGUUCUGUGACCAGGACAUAGUGGUGGCUGGGGGCAGCGGCACCAGCGGAGCCAGCGCCAUCCACACUGGCACGAACCAGGUGCUCGGCGAGAUCCUGCUGCCCAACAAACCGGUGCAGGCUGUGGCAGUAGCACCCGGUGGGCGGGUGGUGGCUGUGGCUGGUGUGGGAGGGAAUCUCCAUAUCGCGGACCUGCACUGAGCCCCAGCAGAGAGGGGGUGAGAAGGGUGCAAACCUGGGAGUCACAGUCCCCUCCAUCUACAGCUCCUCUGAUCUAUGGCUCUCCCACACAAUUCUGCCCCACCAGGACUACAGCCCUCUGCAACAUCUGGGAACACAGGAACCACAGGCCCCCCCUUCCCAACUCCCCUGCACCCCUCUGUGAGACCUGGAGCAUCCAGAGCCCUGGGCACCUGCUGGCAUCUAAUAAACUUCC